AGCCUAUUCAAACAGAACAACAAGAAGGUUAUGCAUAGAAGUAGCAGGUAUAUCCACACCUCUAUCAGGAAGGUUACUUUCUCAUCGCAUCCAGUGCCGCAAUAGUAUGGAUAUCAGCUUUAAUAUACUCGGGAUCAUCUGCCUUUUUGGCUUAACGACAGGACAGCGCCCAUCAGUUAGUUAUACGUUUGCCGAUACGUCAUGGAUGAAAUACGAACGUUCCUGUAUCAUAGGAAACAACCAGCGGCAACUCUCAGGGGAAUAUGAACUGGCAGACUGCCUCCAGGCGUGUAUAGAUGACGUCACCAAUCUGCCGUGUCGGUCUGCGGAGUAUGCUCCGGCAGAUAAACAAUGCAUACUUAGUAGCGUGAUUAACUCCGAUGAGACCCCAGUGGGAGUGUGUAACUCAGUAGAUUACUACGAGCGAUACCAAGAGAUUGGAGUAAGGGUGUGUACUACAUCAGCUAACUGCACUGUGGAGAAUGCUGAGUGUGGCGACGACAACCUUUGUGUGUGUGAAGACAAAUAUUAUCUCCGUGGUUAUGAGUGUAUACCUAUUUUGGGGAACUUCCCCUGCACCCUGGACCAGGGAGACUGUGCUGCUGUUGAGAAUGCAAGAUGCUUUGACCAUGACUCGAAUCCAAACACUGACAACACAUGCGCAUGCGUACAAGGAUACUACCAGUUUGAUGAAGAAAACUGCAGGCAAGUCCUAGAUAAUAAACCAUGUACAAGCGUUAGCCAAAAUUGUACAUACGACAUCGCGAAUAUGGUAUGUGGUGAUCACGAUGAUGAUGAAAGUACAAUGGACAGAUGUACAUGCAAAAGUGGGUACUACACGGAAGAUGCAGCUUGUGAACAAAUGCUUGACAACAUGAAGUGUUCUGAAUCCAGUGAUUGUGAUGAAGUUGAAGAUGCCGAGUGUGAGGAUGAAAUCUGCAAGUGCGAGUCAGGAUAUUAUACUACAGGAGACACAUGUUCCAUGGUUUUGGAAAACUUUGUAUGCACCAGGGGACAAGGCGAUUGUAAUGCCAUAGAGAAUGCGGAGUGUCUCGACCAUGACUCGAACCCUGACACUGACACCAGGUGCGCGUGUCAACAAGGAUAUUACCAGGUUGAAGAAGAUUGCAAACAAGUCCUAGAUAACAAACCUUGCACUGAUGCCGCCCAGAACUGUUCAUAUGACAUCGCCAACAUUGUCUGUGACGACCAUGACGAGGACGAUAGCACAGUAUUCACUUGCACGUGCAAAACUGGAUAUUUCACAGCAGAGGCAGCAUGCAGACAAAUGCUUGACAACAUGGCUUGUUCCGAGUCUAAUGACUGUAAUGAACUACUAAAAGCUGAAUGUGAGGAUGAUGUAUGCAGGUGUCAGACGGGCUACUUUACUUCUGGAGACAGGUGUUUGAGAGUGUUAGGGAAUCUGGCGUGUACCGACUCUUCUAAUUGUUCCUCAGUGGAGUACUCUAUUUGCACAGGAACUGCAGGGAGCGAGAAGUGUGGUUGUGCUGCCAAAUAUACCAUGAAGCUUGAUGUAUGCGAAGAAGUUCUUGGGAAUAGUUGCUUCAGCGAUAUCGCCUGUGUAGAUGUUAUCCACUCCUCAUGUGUCCAGAAAGAAGGCAGUAGUUUUACAACUUGCGAAUGCGACGCAGGAUAUUAUGGCAGAGGAGCGGACUGUAUUGAAGUGCUAGAGAACAAGGAGUGUGAUGACGUGUCUGAUUGCCAGGGAAUACGACACGCUGAAUGUGGCGAUCACAACGGAAAAGACGUAUGCAAAUGCGAAGACGGCUAUCUGAAGGAAGACUCCAUUAGAUGCGAUAAAGACAUUUAUAACUCCAAAGUGAUCAUAGUGGGUGCCGGGUUAGCUGGCGUAACUGCUGCAUAUGAGCUCAACAAAGCAGGGAUUACGAACUUUGUUAUCUUAGAAGCUGCGGACAAAGUUGGAGGCAGUCUUCGUCCAGAGGAAUUAGGGGGUAUUUCGGUUAACGUCGCGGAUGAGCUUCUGCAAGCUUCAGAUGGUCUACUUCAGCUAUUAUCAGAAUUAGAACGUUUGAAUAUUACUACUGCAAGUGUUGAAUCUGAGGACUACAUUGUCCGCGAUAAUCCUCGUUCAAAUAUGACUGGAAUCCUUGAUGAGACAUACGAAACAUUGUACUAUCCCGUUGCUGACGAAGUUGAUGAAUUGGGUGAGGACAAAAAUGAAAAUGACGAACCUGAUAUGACAUCGAGAAAUGCGCUCAGCAUGUUUGGAUGGCGUCCAACUGCCACUGACGUUUUGAAGAAUGCUAUAGAAUUCUGGGAAUACGAUUGGACGUUCAACACACCACCUGAAACGAUGUCUCUUAAGAAAACCGUCGAACUAUUUGAAAACCUUGAAACUGACUACCGUAUACCAAACUCUGGUGGCGCGUUGCAGAUAUUGGAAAAACUUAUUAAUGAAUUUCGCGAGGAUGAAUUUGAUGCACGAAUAGUGACAGGACAAUAUGUCGAUGAGGUUGAGUACGGUAGUUCCGGUGUUGAAGUGAAGACAGCUGCAAAUAAAACUUAUAAAGCUGACUAUGUACUGUUGACCGUAUGCAGUCAUCUCCUUGCUCAGGAUAUCAUUGAAAUGGAAUUACCUCGUUGGAAGAAGGAGGCCAUAUACGCUGUCCAGCAAACCUAUAGAGCCAAAAUAUUCAUGAAAUUUGAACAUAAGUUCUGGGAUGAUAAUGCCUAUAUUCUAUAUCCCAGUGAGGUCAAAGGGUACUACACAAUCUGGCAGGAUUUGGAGGCCCUUGGUGUUGUGCCAGAGAGAUCAAACAUUUUACUCGUUACUCUCGUUGGUGAUCAGGCUGUCAGAGUUUCGACGCUUCACGCAGACGUUGUGCGCCGCGAAGCUACUGCAGUCCUCCGUCUGAUGUACGGAGACGAUGCGGUUCCAAAUCCAACUGACUUUUUAUUCGUAAGGAAAGAAUCUGGACCGACUGAAGGAUCGGCAAAUCCUACAUUCCCAUUUGGCUAUUCAAAUGAUGCCAAAAUGGCGUAUUUAGCAAAUAUAGAGCAAGUGUUCUUCGCCGGAAGUGGAUUCUCUCUCACUGAUUAUGGCACUAUUCCCGCUAAAUAUACCUCUGGGAAACGAGAAGCUUUAAGGAUAAAGAAAUGUCUCGAAGGAGAAUGUGAAGAGAAACACGUUCCAAAAUAUAUGGCACGAGGUUGCACGUAUUCCUUUGCUCAAAAUUAUAACGAGGCUGCUCUUGAAGACGAUGGGACUUGUACAUCCAAAAAGUGUCCAGAGAUUCCAACAUCAGGAGUAGAGUCGGUUCUUACCUCAUCCUUAGCCACACUAGUCAUGUCCUUGUGUUUCUGGAGAGGGGCAUUUCAAUAAACCUACAUAUCUGUAGAUCUAGAUUACUUUACAGACCGUAGACCUCCACUCUAUAGCCUAAAUUUCUUUAGACUUACAUUACUUUAAACCUUCAUUGCUGGAGACUCAUUACUAUUGACCUAGAUUACUAUGGCGCCUCAUUCCUAUAGCCUUAUAAUGUUGUAGGUCUACAUAACAAUAAACCUUUAUUACUAUAUACCUUUUACAUGACUGUUGACCGUCAUUACAAUAGUUCUACAUACUGAUGACCUACUACAUGGUUUAAUAUAGACUUAUGUAACUAUA